AUGCACCAGGCCCUGCUGCUCAUGAAGUCCUGUGGUGUCACCAUUAAGAAGCCUGUGACUUAUUUGAAGGAAGGUUUAAGCCAUGAACAGGACCCAGUGCCAGGGUAUGUUCUUGAUGACCAGUACGUCAGCUCGGUAGGAACCAAGUUUCCGGUCAAGUGGUCAGCCCCAGAGGUGUUUCACUACUUCAAGUACAGCAGCAAGUCCGACGUGUGGGCGUUUGGGAUCCUGAUGUGGGAAGUGUUCAGCCUGGGGAAGCAGCCGUAUGACUUGUAUGACAACUCCCAGGUGGUUGUGAAGGUCUCCCAGGGCCACAGACUCUACCGGCCCCAACUGGCAUCGGACACCAUCUACCAGAUCAUGUACAGCUGCUGGCACGAGCUUCCAGAAAAGCGUCCCACAUUUCAGCAACUCCUAGCUUCCAUUGAACCACUUCGGGAAAAAGACAAACCUUGAAGAAGAAAUCAGGAGAUCUGAUGAGAACGAAUGUAAAUGCUGGCCAACAUUUUCAUUCCUUUUAAGGAAAGUAGCAAGACGCAGACAAUGUAAUUUAGCUAGUUCUUCUUAAUAGCGUUCUGUGUGCUGUUUGCCUGUUGUAUUAUCUCGAAGUUGAACAAGGUAAGAAACAAAAGAGUUCCUUGAAAUUUAGGUCAAAUUAGUAAUUCUGUGUAUGCUGCUCUUAAUAUUAUUACACUUCCCAGCCUAUAGCAGAAGCACAUCUUCUGAUUGUGGUAGACAGAGGGUGUACCAUUUGUAAAGACUGCAUCGAAUUAAAAAAUUCUUUGUUGGAUAUUUGUUCUUUUCCUUAUAUUGUCACUAUCCUGAUAAUUAAAUAUGCUAUUAACAAGUA